AUGUCUACAGACAAGGUACACAAGGUUGACGCCGACAAGGGUCAUGAGACGCAACAUGACGAGUACGCCGACGUAGAGCGCAAGGGCUCGGACGCAUCAGAAUCACCACACCACCACUCGUCCCGCCCAGAUGUGGACGAGGGGUUCGACCCGGCGUUCCUGAAAGCCACUAUUCGCAAGGUCGACUGGCGCCUCAUCCCAGUUCUAACAGCCAUGUACUGCGUGAGCCUCAUUGACAGAACGAAUCUCUCGCUCGCUCGGCAAGGGAACAACAUGCAUAUGGACAAAGAACUCGGGACCAACAUAGGCAACCGCUACUCGAUCAUCACAUUGACGUUCUUUGUCCCGUACAUCAUUUUUGAGAUUCCCUCCCAAAUCGGUCUCCGCAAGUUUGGUGCACGCUGGUGGCUGGGCUCGGCUACUACCCUGUGGGGCGUCGUUAUGAUCGGCAUGGGCUUGGCACAGAACUGGCAAACCCUCGCAGCGCUCCGCGCUAUCCUCGGUCUCUUUGAGAGUGCGCUCUUCCCGGGGGCAGCCUUCCUCAUCAGUUGCUGGUACCCGCGCAAGGAAAUGGCAGUACGCAACUCGUGCUUCUACAUCUUCGCUGCGCUCAUCGGCUCAGCCUGUUCCCCUCUCGGCUACACAUUUACGCUGAUGCACGGCCUUGGCGGGUACAGCGGAUGGGCGUGGGUGUUCAUCAUGUUCGGCAUCAUUACCGUGAUUGUUGGAAUCCUCGCCUUCCUGUUCAUUGUCGACUUCCCAGACCGCUCAACGUUCAUUACGGACGAACAGAAGCAGCUGAUCCUCACACGCAUCCAGCGAGACCGUGAAGACUCUGUACCCGACCCGGUUACCCUCGCCAAAAUUGGCCACCAUCUCUGCGACUGGAAAAUCUGGCUCUAUGGUUACUUCCUCAUGUCCACCACCGUCGCGAGUUAUUCGCUCGCAUACUUCCUCCCCGUCAUCCUGGGUACUAUGGGCUUCAGCAACGUUGAGACUAUGCUCCUGGGUACCCCCACGCACAUUUACGCCCUCAUUCCUUGUCUCGGCUCGGCAUGGGUCGCAGACAAGUACCGCAACAUGCGCGCCGCCGUCAUCAUGUUCAAUGCCCUCGUCUGCAUCAUUGGCACGUGUGUCUACAGCCAACUCCCGAUUUCGCAGAAGGGUUUGCGCUACUUUGGCGUUUUCCUCGCAGUCGGCGGCUGUAACGCCAACGUGCCCCUCGUCGUCUCGUGGUCGCAGACAGCAAUUCGUUCCCAGUCUAAGCGCGCUGUCACCGCCGCGGUCGUCGUUGCAUUCGGAGGUAUCGGCGGCAUCCUCGCCAGCGUCAUGUUCAUGCAGAAGGAAGCAAAGCGCGGGUACCCCACCGGCGUCUUUUUCACCAUUGGAGUAAACGCCGGGACCGUCAUCAUGGCCUUCCUCCUCUCCGUUUUCUACCGCUACCAGAACCGCCGGGCUGACCGUGGGGAGGUCGUCCUUGAAGGCGCCGAUGAUUUCCGCUACCAGUCAUGA